AGGAAGCUGCCGACGCUCGUCGCUAAACCACGCACGGGCGUUGUUGUCACGGCGUCUGCCAUUUUGACUAGAGCUACUUUGCGCGCAAUAGAUGGUGUGAUCCGGGCUCUUCGGCAGAUACCGCCGCAUUUUUUUUUUAAACCAAGGCAAAACUCCCUAAGCCCCCUCAAAAAACAACAACUACAACGACAGCCACCAUGCUCUCAGCUGCCCAGUUGCUCGACGAGCUGAUGGGCCGAGAUAGAAACUUGGCCCCCGACGAGAAGCGAGCGAACGUGCGGUGGGACGACGAGAGCGUUUGUCGAUACUACCUGUGUGGUUUCUGUCCGGCGGAGCUGUUCACCAACACCCGCUCCGACUUGGGCCCUUGUGAGAAAAUCCACGAUGAGAACCUCAGGAAAGUGUACGAGAAGAGCUCUCGGUUCAUGAAGGAGGGAUACGAGCGAGACUUCCUGCGCUAUCUGCAGUCGCUCCUGGCCGAGGUGGAGCGGCGGAUUCGUAGAGGCCAUGCCCGGCUCGCACUCUCCCAGGCUCAGCAGAACGCAGGGCAGGGCCCUGGUCCAGCGGGAAAGAAUGAGGAGAAGGCUCAGGUUCUUACAGAGAAGAUUGAAGACUUAGUUGAACAGAUUGAGGAGCUGGGGUCGGAGGGCAGAGUGGAGGAGGCCCAGGGAAUGAUGAAGCUGGUGGAGCAGCUGAAGGAGGAGAGGGAGCUGCUCAGCUCCAACCCCUCGACCAUUGAGAGCUUUGCAGCCCAGGAGAAACAGAUGGAGGUGUGUGAGGUGUGUGGGGCCUUCCUCAUUGUGGGUGACGCACAGUCCCGAGUGGACGACCACUUGAUGGGCAAACAGCACAUGGGCUAUGCCAAGAUCAAAUCCACUGUAGAGGAGCUCAAGAAACUACGCCGUCGCUCCGAAGAGCCCCCGGGUGAAAACCCAGCGCUGAAGAAGGACAAGGAAGACCGCGAGCGAGAGAGGGAGGAAAGGGAGAAAAAGCGCAAAGAGGAGGAAGAAGAGAAGGAGAAGGAGCGGGAGAAAGAACGCGAGAAGGAGAAGGAACGAGAGAGAGAGCGGGAGCGCGAGAGGGAGAGAGACAGAGAACGGGACAGAGAUAGAGACCGGGAGAGGGACAGGAGGGCCCGCCGAAGCCAUUCCAACAGCCGCCACUCCAGUCGAGCGUCCGACAGGAAAAGGAGCAGGUCCCGCGAUCGCCGGAGGUCCAGGAGCAGAGACAAGGACAGGGAGAGGGAACGCAAGCGCAGCAGGAGCCGGGAUAGAGACAGGGAGAGGAGGCGCAGCCGCGAGCGCUCUGACAGAAAGCGUCGCUCCCGCAGUCGUGACAGGAAGAGGUCACGCAGCUCAGAGCGCAAAUCCCACCGCCACCGCAGCCGCAGCAAGGACAGGGACAGGGACAGAGAGAAGGAGAGGGACAGGCGCUCGUCGAAAGACAAAGAACGUAAGGCGACGGAGGAGAGGAGCAGCUCUAAGAAAGACAAGCACUCUGACGGCGAUGCAUCUGCCAUCAAGGCUUCGUCCGAGGCGGAACCGAUGGAGACGGAGGUGGCCGCCUCUGUCUCCUCCCCUCUGCUCAAUGGCCAGCAAGAACUCUUCCAUUCUGAAGGUGACACUCAGUCCAAUUAAAACUGAUCUGAUAGGACCUCAGAUCAGGCUCAGGUAAGUGCGUCCUCCUCCUCGCUCUCCUCUGGCUCUCAACCCAACCCACCACCCUCCCACCCCUCCUCCACCUCUCCCAUCUCCCCUACCCACCCCCUCUCCCCCCCACCCUGUUUAAGUUCAGUUCAAUGCUUAUGUUUUUUUUUUUUGUCUUAUGUACUAUAUGCAUAUAUCUUUAUCCUGUUUUCAAAUAGUGCAUCAUAAGUAUGCACUGAAGAUGAAGGACUAGGCCCGAUGAAUGAGAAGAAGGUAGAAAACAUUCACACAGAGCCAAGAGGGAAAGGCCAGUGUAGCCCUGAGCAAACAUGCCCGGAGGUACCGCUCGUUUUGUAUCGGUUUUUGAUCUUUAUAGAUGUAUACUUUUUUUUGUCUUUGUGGACAAAAUGGCAGUAAAAGAAAACACUAACCUGCCAAUCCAAAGUUCCUGCCUGUGUUUACCUGUUUUUAUCAAAAAAAAAUUGUUUUGUAAUUUUAGGUAGGAAAAUUGUUAUGAUUUUCAUUUGUUGAGAUAAUACACCCCACAGAGGGAGAACGUUAAGCCAGGGUGUGUCUACAUGUUUGUAUAUCUCCACAUUUAUCGUGGGGAUUUUCACUUUCUCGCAUGUAAACACACAGACAUACUUUUUAGCCUCAUUUCUUUUGCUGAAUCAUAACUCGAUUGCCAUGGAUUUGUUGCCCAGCAUUACUGUGCCUGAUAAUGCCAUGCAGUGUGUGUUUGGGGGUGGGGGGGUUGUAGCAACUGGGGGCAGGGGCCUAACGUAACUAACUAACUGGAGGGUAGGGUUUAUCGAAUGAAUUGCAGCUGACUUCCAUACCUCACACAGCGUUGGUGCUGUGAGCGAGACCACAUGAGAAAAAGGGCAAAUUAAAAAUCAUGGAUACUCUGACUGUCAAACUGUGCAGGUACUCACCCCAGGUACUCCUUUCUCUACCCACAUCCAUUUCUGAAUGCUGUUGCCUGUCAGAAAAAAAAAAUUCUUUACUUCUCCAAAACUUGAACUUGGCAGCUUAAUUGUGUAUAUAUAUUUUUUAACUGUUUCUUUAAGUUUUGGGGAAAAGUUCAUUUGGUAGAAAUGUCAGAGAGACACAUUUUUUUAAAAACGCUGAGAUGCACAGACAGCCUGCUUGAUAUACCAAUACCAACACCUGAAAUUGUCACUGAUGUGUUCAUUUCCCCGUACUGUAUUGUUCAGGACCGAGUUAAAAAAAAAAAAGGUUAUUCGAAUGUCUCAUUUGUCCGGUUGGUAGGAUAAUGUGGUUGUACCUUUAAGUGAAAACCAGAUACACUAAUAAAACAUGUCAAGUGCACUUUCAGAUUGGAAAGGGGAAUAUCAAACAGUUCUGUCACUGAUAUUUAUUUUUUUUAGAAAUAUUUAUAUCUAAGGUAGUGACCAGAACUUUGGGUGUCGUUCAGGUUGCAAACUUCAGUCCAAAAAAAUAAAAUAUACUGCACACUAUUUAGAAAAUAGCAGGAUAUUCUUACCUAAUGCAGUCAGAACUUCAUACCUCAUAUUGUGUUACUUAAAUAGAUUGUACUUGUGCAUCAUUAGCAGUGUCUCUUGUGUUUGUUCUGCACUCUCAUCUGUCACUAAACUAAGGAACAUAUUCUGACUAGUCGUCAUUCUGUAGAUGAUGUUGUUGCUCCGGUAGCAGCCGUCGUUACUAAAAAAAGGACAUGUUGCGGGUCCUUUUCUAACAUUGCACUUUUUGGACAUGUUUUGCUCAACAGGGGAAGCUGGGAUAUCUGGUGGAGGAAGAAGUGGAAGAGCGCAACCAUCCUUACCCUGAACCUGACACUUCGCUGCUUAAAAACAAGGUGAACCACAGAUGUGUAGUGGCUUAUUCAAAACCAUGAACAUACAUGUGUAAAUGAGGAGAGUAAAAAAAAAAAAAAUUGAUUGAUUUUCAUGUUCCAUUACGCAUCUUUUGGCUGAAUGAGGGUAGUUGUGGUUCAUCUGAUGUAUUUCUUGGUCGAGAAGCCAGACAUCACUUUAAAUACCAAACGUAGAAGAGAAGCUCAGUGUGGGUUUUUUUUUUGUUUUCUUAUUUUGACACAUCCUCCUUGUUUCUUGGCAUUUAGUGAAAAUGAAAUAAAACAAAACCGUGCUUGUGAUCUGUUUUGGUUCUGUCAGGUUCCACUUCACUUCCUGACCCCCCCCCCCCUUUUUUAAAAGAAGUCAGUUGAAAGCGUAUGUACAGUGUUAGACCAUGAUAGGGCGUGUCUCUUUUCUCCUCCACUUUAGAGCUCACAUUGAUUGCUCGUGUCCCCUUAUUGUAAAAUAAACUGAUUUCAUUUUGAUCAAAGGGUUUUGAAGACUGAAGAUUUGUUUGAUUAUCCUCUGCUUUUAAUGUCCAUGUUGUCUUGAUGAAUAAAAAGUAAAAAACUU